AUGGAGAAGAACGUCGUCAACACGGAGGGCUCUGCAAGAGAAGACCUUGCGGAGUCCUCGAAGUCAUCAAAAGCGAUGAAGGGGGCAGAAGAGAAGGCCCCUGAUGUUACACCGCAAGCAGCAAACAGUGACGAUCCUCAAACGGACUAUUCAAGCAAAGCGAAGAACCACACAAAAUUUUCUCAUUAUUGGAGGAUUUUCUCUUAUUCCACUACGAGCGACAGGACCUUUCUCAUUAUCGCUGCAGGUGCACAAAUCGGAACAGGAACGACUUUGCCCUUGAUGAACAUUGUCUUCGGAAGUCUGGUGGGAAAGUUCAGUGACUACUUCAUCCCUGGCUCAACCACCACGAAGAAAGAGUUCCAGGAUGAACUGAACAAACUGACAUUGUACAUUGUGUACUUGUUCAUCGGCAGAUGGAUUCUAUCUUACUUUUCUAUGUAUGCGUUCCGCAUGGUGGGGCUUCGAAUGUCGGCCAAGCUUCGUCUUGAGUACCUGAAGGCAUUGUUUUCACUUCCUAUCUCCACUCUCGACACUCUUCCUAGUGGUCAAGCUUCAAACACAUUGACGAACACUUCCAAUACCCUACAAAUCGGGAUAUCUGAGAAGCUAGGAAUGAUACUGCAGUUUACAGCCCUGAUAUUCGCAGCGAUUAUCAUUGCCUUUACAUACAGCUGGUCACUCACUCUUGUGACUUCUUCUGUCCUUGUAUUCAUAGCCUUGGUCUAUGGUACUGUAGUUCCGAUCAUCAUCAAAAUGCAGAAGGAGAUGGAACACGCCGAUGAGAAGGCCUCCUCCAUUGCAGGCGAAGUUCUUGCUUCAAUUCGAAUGAUUGUCGCAUGCGGAGCCGAGGGUCGAGUUGCGAAGAAAUAUUCAGGUUGGAUUCAAGAAUCUCAGCGAAGAGGCCUGAAAAUGUCCCCGAUGAUGGGAGUCCAGUUUGCGCCUCUAUUCUUCGCCAUAUAUGCUGUAAUGGCACUUUCUUUUUGGUUUGGAUUCAAGCUGUAUCUGGAGAACAAGAUCGACAAUGUUGGAGACAUUCUGAUCGUAUUGAUGUCCGUGAUGAUGAUCGCAUUCUCGGUAAGCCAGACUGCAGGACCCAUAAUCGCCGUUACGAAAGCUGCUGCAGCCGCUACCGACUUUUUUGCUGUGAUUGAUGCCCCCAAGCCCUCAACAAUUGGCCUCGUAGCUCCAGAGGUAUCUUCUGCCAAAGAAAUCACCUUCGAGUCUGUGACUUUUGCUUACCCCAGUCGGCCUCAUGUCAAAGUGCUUGAUGAUCUGAAUAUCGAAAUCGAGGCCGGAAAAAUCACCGCCAUUGUAGGUGCAUCUGGAUCGGGCAAGAGUACCAUCGUUGGUUUGCUUGAGCGAUGGUAUGAACUUGAUGGCGACAAACGAUUUGUUCUUCCAGAGAGUGCUAUCAAAGACGAGAAAGCCGAGAAGGAAAAAGAACGAAAGAAGAAUGAGGACAAGAAUAAUGGCAUCACAGAAGACCUGGUUGUCGCGGAACCUCCUGUUCUUCUAAGUGGCUCUAUAUCUGUCGGAGGACACAACCUGGACACAGUAGGUUUGAAGUGGUGGCGAUCACAGAUCGGUCUUGUCCAACAAGAGCCCUUCAUAUUUAAUGACACAAUAUACAAGAACGUAGAGUUUGGCCUGAUCGGAUCUCAAUGGGAGCACGCGGAUGAAGCAACCAAAAAGAACCUUGUUGAAGAAGCAUGCAAGGAAGCAUUCGCCGACGAGUACAUCACCCGCCUGCCGCAGGGCUACGAUACCCCUGUCGGCGACGCUGGCAUCAAACUCUCAGGCGGGCAGAGACAACGACUCGCCAUUGCCAGAUCCAUCAUUAAGCGACCUACGAUCCUCAUUCUCGACGAGGCUACAAGUUCCAUAGAUGUUCGUGGGGAGCGGCUCGUCCAAGCUGCGCUGGAUAAAGUCAGUGAGGGUAGAACUACGAUUACGAUUGCCCACCGCCUUUCAACGAUCAAGAAAGCAGACAAGAUCAUUGUUCUGAAGAGAGGCAAGCUCAUUGAGCAAGGCACACAUGACGGUCUUCUCGCAGAUGAGAAUGGGGCGUACUGGGCUUUGGUCAAUGCACAGAAGCUCUCUAUGGGAGAAGGAUUCGCAGAAGAAUCAGACCUCAUAGAAAGUUCCAAAGAUCCUUUGGCACGAGCAAUGAGCACUGCAAGCGGCGAAGCCAAGGUAACAGAAUUGGACGCUGCUUGGAAACCAAAGAGCUUUCUUGGCAGCUUUGGUCUCCUUAUGUAUGAGCAACGAAUCCACUGGCCUUGGUAUCUUCUCUUAAUUAUCGCCUGCGCUGCCGCCGGUUCAAGUUACGCCAUUCAAGCUUUCUUGUUCGCGAAGAUCCUGGGAGUCAUACAGCUACCUGAUGCCGCGCUCGCCAGCGCGCGAGAUCACUGGGCGCUCAUGUUUUUCGUUCUCGCCCUUGGCUGUUUCGUCGCUUAUUUCACCCUCGGUUGGUCGUCCACCAAUAUCUCCACGUACAUUGCUUGCACAUAUCGCCAAGAAUAUUUUCAGAGCAUCCUGUAUAAGCCAAUUGACUUUUGUGAUGAAGAAAACAGCAGCGGGACUUUGUCCGCCAGGGUAGCGAACGAUCCGACCCAGCUUCAGCAGAUGCUGGGCAUCAACAUGGCAAUGGUCUUUACGGCCGCACUCAGUCUCGUUGGUUGCAUAAUCAUUGGCUUCAUUUACGGCUGGAAGCUCACUCUAGUCACCGUUUUUGUUGCAAUGCCCAUAAUCAUGCUCGCCGGCUUUUUUAGAGUUCGAUAUGAGAUUCAAUUCGAAGCUUUGAACCAAGCGGUCUUCGCAGAGAGUUCCAAGUUCGCUGCUGAAGCUAUUGGAGCUUUCAGAACUGUCAGUGGUUUAACCAUGGAAGAGAUGAUCGCCCGGCGAUAUGAGUCUCUACUUCAAGACCACGUCAAGAAGGCCUUUAUCAAAGCUCGUUGGUCGACCUUCAUUUUUGCUGCGUCUGAUUCUGUACAACUGCUUUGUAUGGCUCUUGCGUUCUGGUAUGGAGGACGUCUUCUAGCCUCAAGAGAAUACGAUGCUGAAUCAUUUUUUGUCGUCUACAUCGCUGUUAUAAACGGUGCAGAAGGGGCAGGAACGUUGUUAUCGUUCGGGCCUAACCUUGCACAGGCCUCAGCUGCUGCUAACAGAAUACUGAGCUUCAGAAUUAGACCUAAAACAGGUGCCAAGCCUGCGUUGGAAUUGCAAGAUAUGUCAGGAGGAGCGAAAAUUGAACUGCGAGACCUGUGGUUCAAGUACCCCACUCGAGAUGUCCCUAUCUUUACAGGGCUCAAUAUCACGAUUGAAAAAGGACAGUUUGCAGCUCUUGUUGGUCCGUCCGGAUGUGGAAAGACAAGCAUUGUGUCACUCCUCGAGCGAUUCUAUGAUGUUCAAAAGGGCAAGAUUCUCUGUAACGGAACGAAUAUCUUCGACUUGGAUGUUCGCGAAUACCGCAAAGCUAUUUCUCUUGUUGCACAAGAACCAACACUAUUUCAGGGAACCAUCAAAGAGAAUAUUCUUCUAGGUGUUGACGAAUCCACAAGCUUAGAGAAAUUGCAUUCAGCAUGCCGUGAUGCAGAGAUACACGAUUUUAUCAUGUCUCUCCCUGAUGGAUAUAAUACCGACGUUGGAAAUAGAGGCAUUGCACUAUCCGGCGGACAGAAACAGCGCAUUUCAAUCGCUCGAGCUCUGAUCCGCGACCCGCAGAUCCUCCUGCUUGAUGAGGCAACUUCUAGUUUGGAUUCCGAGAGCGAGAAACUCGUACAGGCUGCCUUUGAAAGAGCUGCAACGGGUCGUACAGUGGUUGUCGUAGCACAUCGGCUGGCAACUGUCCAAAAUGCCGACGUGAUAUUUGUUCUUGGCGAGGGAAAGGUCUUAGAGACUGGUGAUCAUAACGCACUACUACGAAAGCGUGGGGUUUACUACCAGAUGUGCCAGUCCCAAGCUCUCGACAGAUAG